AUGAGAGCCAUCAAUAUCAUUAAUAACAAUCUUAAAGGUAAAAUUCCUAUGGAGUUGGGUUCUUUGCCUAAUCUCUUGGAAUUGAAUCUUGCUAAAAAUUAUCUCACUGGAACUAUCCCACUUUCACUUGGAAACCUUUCAACUCUUCAUAAACCUUCUCUAUCGCACAAUAAUCUAGUGGGAAACAUUCCCUCCCAACUUGCUCAGCUUUCAAACUUGGGGAAUCUUUCGCUGUCUUUUAACAAUUUGCCUAGUAUGGUUCCUACUUUUCUUUAUAACAUAUCAUCCAUCACUUUCAUUACUGUAUCUCGCAACGUAUUGCAAGGAAGCCUUCCUCCAUAUUUGGGUUUGACCCUUCCAAAAUUGCAAGGGUUUUAUGUUGCUAGCAACCAAUUCUAUGGGCCUAUUCCCUCCUCGCUAACUAAUGCUUCGGGACUCUUUCAAAUUGAUACUAGCACGAAUUCUUUUACCUGGCCCCUACCAAUGAAUUUGGGAAACCUUCAUGAGCUGCAAAGGUUAAUUUGUUUCAGCAAUGACCUAGGAGAAGGAGACAACAAGGGCGAUGAAUUGACGACUUUUAUCAUUUCUUUAUCCAAUUGCUCCAAUCUAGAAGUGUUGGAUUUGGCUUCAAAUAGUUUCAAAGGUUUCUUGCCCCAUUUCAUUUCAGAUCUCUCCACCAACAUCACAUGGUUCACUAUAGACGACAACUAUUUAACUGGAAGCAUACCUCUUGGGAUUGGAAACCUUGUAAAUUUGCUUAUGUUCGUGCUUCAAAACAACAUGCUCAUAGGUAGUAUUCCCGAUUCCAUUGGAAAACUCUCCAAUUUAGGAAAAUUAUUGCUUGAUAUGAAUAACAUCUCUGGAGAGAUUCUUUCCUCUAUUGGAAACCUUACUCAACUUUCCAUUCUUUCCUCACAAGAUAAUAUGAUAGGGGAAAGCAUACCUAUUUCUUUGGGCAAUUAUUCCAAUCUACUUGGAAUUAACCUUGGAUACAAUCACCUCAUUGGAACUAUACCUCAACAAAUUUUUGGUAUUUCUUCCCUCAUUAUUUUCUUAAAUCAAAAUUACUUAACUGGUCUGCUAGCACUAGAAGUGGGUAACUUGAGAAAUCUAGGAAAACUAAAUGUAUCAGAAGACAAACUAUCUGAAGAAAUCCUUGCUACUCUUGGUAGUUGUCAAGUUUUAGAAUUCCUCUACAUGAAGGGUAACCAUUUCGAAGGUACGAUUCCGACAUCCUUCAAACAACUAAAAGGUCUUCAAAUCCUAGAUGUUUCUCACAGUAACUUGUCUGGACAAAUUCCAAGGUUUCUAGCUGAAUUUCCUUUCCUUCAAAAUCUCAAUCUUUCUUUCAAUAUGUUUGAUGGUGAAGUUCCAAAUGGAGGAGUUUUCAAAAAUAUUAGUGCCUUCUCAAUUGCUGGAAAUAACAAACUUUGUAGAGGAAUUAAAGCAUUGCAAUUGCCAGCAUGUCUAACAAAAGUCUUGAAGGAAAGGAAACGAACAUUCACCCCUAGAGUAAUAGCUCUAGUAGCCACUCUCAGUGUCGUUUUAUUAUUAGUUUGCUUUUUAGCUAUUCUUUAUCAAACAAGAAGGUCUAGACAACAAGCCUCUUCAACUUUGGCCUUCCAAAAUCAAUUUUUACAACUCUUUUAUAGAGAACUUUUUCAAGCAACCAAUGGGUUCUCCGCAGCCAACUUAAUAGGCAAGGGAGGAUGUGGUUCUGUUUAUAAAGGUUUUCUCAACUCUGGUGAACAAAUUUUCGCUGUGAAGGUACUCAACCUUCAUGAGCAUGGAGCAACCAAGAGUUUUGUAGUUGAAUGUGAAGCACUGAAGAACAUUCGCCACCGAAAUCUUGUCAAGAUAAUCACAUCUUGCUCAACCAUUGAUUUUAGAGGCAAUGAUUUCAAGGCAUUGGUCUUCGAGUUCAUGGAAAAUGGGAGUUUAGAGAGCUGGUUACACUCAAGUCUUUUAGAAUAGCAGGAACCUAAGAAAUUGAACUUUGUUCAAAGGCUAAACAUUGCUAUUGAUGUGGCCUCUGCUUAUGGAUUAUAUUUAC